GUGCCGCUGGCGCUCAAAGAGACAAGCAAAUGAUGCGGUAUGUGAGCUCUUAACCUCUAUUUUAAUGUCUCCAACAAUCUAGUGGUUAAUUAGCAAUUUGCUGCCCACCAAUAUGCAAAUGAAUGACAAGCAAAGGCCCUCAGCAUCUGUAAUUAUUUUGCUGAUUUACAAGCCACUUUCCUCUCUGUGUAGGUUUUUCUGUGUGUGCAUUCAUGCAUCAGGGAUUUCAUUAUUUUUAGAAGCACUCUCUGUGCAAUUUUUAUGCUUUAAUAUUUUCAGGCUUCAGUAAUUACAGUAUUAUGGAUAUAUAUAUAUAUAUUUCCCCCCCAACUCCAACUGCAUUUAUUUUUUAGGGAUUCUUUUCUUUGAUAAAGAGUUGAGAGUAAGAUUUAUCAAGAGGCUGAAAUCCAAAUGGCAGAGAGAGUCAGAGCGCAAGAUUGAAAGAUGCAUGUUUCUGCUGCUGCCAAAUCCUUAUCUGGAAUCGGAGGAGUCUUGUAAUAUUUGAUUUUCUCCCAAGCAGCUCUGGCGAGUCGAGCCCCGAUCUGCGUUAUCCAUCUGCCUGCUUUGGAGCAGGGUGUUUUACUAUUUGGCCGUUCAAAUGCUUUACGUUUUUGCCAGCGCGUUAAGAAAGGCUCUCAUGUUAAAUUAAGUCAAUUAAUAAAUGGAGACACAUUAAGCAAUCAAUUUUGUCAGCCUAUCUCCCCAGCAUUAUGUAUGGUUGGCUGUAAUCACAAGAUAAAUGCAAUGUGCUGAUCUAUGGUAAUGUUCAAUAAUACAUUCUCCGCCAGGCUCAAUUCAUCAGGGAGUUUCGGUAGGGGAGGCAUUUGUUAUUGGCUGUCUCUGCACCUCAAGGAUAACAUUUCUGUCCUUUUGAUUGGCCGCCUCACUGCUGCAAGAUUCUAACCGUCUUAUUUUGAUGAUGAAUAUGAAGGCAUGCUAAGCCAGGCUGGAGCGGAGUGUUUCAGAGGCUGCGCUCCUUCCAGAGCCCAAGGACUCACAGCUUCCUCCGCUGCUUCCUGUGCCAACAACCCCCCAAAAGUUGUGAUGCUUUUCUUCACCCAGUGCUUUGGGGCUGUGUUAGAUCUCAUUCACCUCCGCUUUCAGCACUACAAAGCUAAACGGGUUUUCUCUGCUGCUGGGCAACUUGUCUGCGUCGUAAACCCCACGCACAACCUAAAGUAUGUGUCCAGCCGACGCGCCAUCACUCAGAGCGCACCAGAGCAAGGCAGCUUCCCCCCUCACCACCACACCCACCACCACUGCCAUCAUCGUCCCCACCACCACCUCUGCCACCAUGCCCGGCCCCACCACCUCCACCACCAGGAGGCAGGGCUGCACGCUGCCCAGGUGACACCCUGCCUGUGCCCCUUGUUCUCUUGCCAGUGGGAAGGCCACCUGGAGGUGGUGGUGCCCCACCUGCGGCAGAUGCACCGGGUGGACAUCCUCCAGGGAGCUGAGAUAGUCUUCCUGGCCACAGACAUGCACCUCCCUGCGCCAGCUGACUGGAUCAUCAUGCACUCCUGCCUCGGCCACCACUUUCUGCUGGUGCUUAGGAAACAGGAAAGGCACGAGGGGCACCCACAGUUCUUUGCCACCAUGAUGCUGAUUGGGACCCCCACCCAGGCUGACUGCUUCACCUACCGCCUGGAGCUCAACAGAAACCAUCGGCGUCUCAAAUGGGAGGCUACCCCCCGGUCUGUCCUUGAGUGUGUGGACUCAGUCAUCACUGACGGGGACUGCCUUGUCCUCAACACCUCGCUGGCCCAGCUCUUCUCCGACAAUGGCAGCCUUGCCAUUGGAAUCGCUAUCACCGCGACAGAGGUCUGCUCCUCCGAAGCCGAGAUGUGAAGCAAGAGGCCACCGGACGCUCACACGCGGCCACCCGUCCACCAGGAAACUCUGCCUGAGCCCCUCGGAUCUCCGAACGCCAGGACUCUAGACUUCUUUUUAUUCUUCUCCCUCCUUCCUUCCUUUCUUUUUUUGUCUCAGGUACUUUGUGGUAUUCAGUAUUUGUCUGCCAUGGGCAUUAUAUUAUGUAAACACCCUGUGAUUCAAGCUCUUGGUGUGAUGUUUGUCCUGAUUUGUUGGUAUAGUUUUAUAGAACAUUUUUAAUCAGAUUCAAUCAGAAUGGUUAUUUCCUGCCACCCACAACUCCCUUCUCCACUGCUUCCAAAAUGAGCAAAAGCCACAGAGACCAGGAAGCAGACUGUUGGGUUUGAAAGGAGACAGUGUCCAAAGCAUUUCUUCCUUCUCUUUUCAGCCUAUUUCAGAGCAAGCUAACUCUGAAAUCGGGGAGGAUAGCAGGUUGGGGAAGUGGACCUAGACAGCUCAGAGAUAUUUCAGACCAACCAGACACAACUCUGACACCUUCCCAUGGACCCCAGGGUCAGAGCCAAGCUGCCUGGACUUGAGGAGAUGGCGUCUCCUCAGAAGCCAGGCCACUGGGCUGGGGCACCAUCAUGGAGGAGUCCUCCAGGUUGAUCCCGGGGCUCGGGGAGUGGACAGCGGUUGAGCCCUCUUUUGGCAGCUGCCGUCGGCUUGCUCUCAGCCUGGGCCAUCUUUCCGUGUUCUGGAAUCAAAGUCCUCAAGUUCUAGGUGCUUUCUCGGAAACCUUUUUACCCUCUGUUGAGUGAGUAGUAAGAAAGGAUAAGGCAAGAUGCAGGGGAAGAGAAACAGCUGAAACAACAAGGGAUAAAAUUAAUCUCCCAUCUCUGGGAGGGCGUUCUCUCCUCAGAGAGUUUUAUUAUCAGGUUAUAAAAUCCAUCAAUCCCCUCACUAGGAUGGAGCAUUUUGGUGUCAUGCAAAGAACCCCCUUUGCUCUUGAUACCUCAUAAACCAGAACCCCAACUCAGCAUCAAACCCAGGGGACUUGGAGGGUAUGCCCAGGACUUCUGACCUAGAGGUCAGAGGUCCCUCAUGCACCUGGGAGUGUCCUCUUUCCUUUCCUUAUUUUCUAGAGUGCUCUGAGAGCCCCAUUCAGCACACAGACUUUAUCACUGGUCAACUCUGUAUUCAGCACCCUGUCGUAGUGUGAAAGAAAAGGUAACGAAAAUCCAUCUUGCCUCUGCGUAGACUGCUUUCUCGUUUUUGUUUGUCAGAACAGUUCCAUAUCUUCUUGUGGAAUAUCCACAAGGUACCCUCUGGUGUGUUUGAAGAAGGUAAGCAUGUGCAGUCAGCUUUGUCUCUUCUGGUCAAAGGUGAAGGCCCGUAAGCCUGCCACCAGUCCCUCGUCUUGCCGAUUUUGUUCUCCCCUCGGCCACUCUCCAGUUGUUGAGAAGUACGGCACCCAAACCCCAAACGACACUCAUUAGAAUCCAGGGGGCUUUUCGCCAACCAGACGUGCUCUCUGCCCCGUUCCCUCCCCUCCACCAUCUUGGAUCCUGGCAGGCCUCUAAGUGAGUACUUAGUUUCCUGCAGCUUGUCCUGAUUGGCUAUCAGGCGUCUAUUUCCCACCAAAAAUAGUUGAUCCUGAAACAACACCCUUCCCCCAAAAACUGGUAAUCCUCCAGCCACUUGUGCUGCCAGCCCCACCCCAAGCACCAGAAGGGUGACACCUGUCAAUAGAUUCCAUAAUGCGGCCCCUCUAGUCACACAGUAAUUGCUGGGACCCUGGGGCCGAGCUUCCAUUCCGUUAGAGCCAUUAAGGGGGGGUCGAUAAACAACAACAUCAGAUCUGCAGUCCCAAGGAAGGGUUGUAACCUACUUGCUCUGUCAGAACAUCCUACCAGGGCAUGGGCUCCCCCCUGGAACCACACAGACAGCCCUGGAAAAAGCUGAGGCUGUCUGGCCAGCCCUGGGAGAGGUGACUUCCUUGGCUCCUUACUGCAUCCCCAGGCCCGUCCCCAGAACCUAAGACCUCCUUGCCUGGAAGUCUGAUGCCUCUGGAAGCCACAGUUCCUCCCCUGGUUUCUGAUACCCAACCACUUUGAAAACACUCUGUGGCAUCACAGGUGCCCCAGAUAAACAAACAAACAAAACCUCGAUAAGAAUAUAAUUACAGUUCACAGGGCCUUAGGCUCCUGCAAAUGUCACCUCUGCCUUCUUGUUGUGCCAAGUUACCUGAGCCAAACUGGGAAUAACUUCAGGUUAUUAUUAUUGCACAUGAGACUGAGUUAUGAAUAAGCGAUCCCAGAUGGGAACUGGUAUUUUUGGUUCCUAGAAACCUUUAGAAUAAAGGGUAGGAAUGUGUUAUUUUUGUCCAUAUAUGGUGCUCCCAAGAAGGCCUUCCUCUCCCCGUGGGAAGAAUUGAAGAAAAAAGAACAAACUUGAAACAAUGAAUGGGGAGUAGAAAAUGGUAUCAAGACCAUGUGUUGUGUUGAGCUUUAUAGUCACAAAGGGCUCCCUCAUUCGAGUCUCAGGUCAAUCCUCAUCAGUAUCCUCAAUAUACGAAAAAAAUAGAGGUUCAGAGACACGAAAUGACCUUCCUAAGGUCACAUAGCAAGUGGUUGGGACCACGAUUAAAACCUGGCCAAUGAACGCAAACUUGGUGUUCUUAAAAUAGAAAGAUUGACCCAAAAUAUUCAGCAAUGUUCCCGUCUUACCAGUGGACUGUGGGCCUGAGGGUCAAGUGGGUCUUGGUUCUGGGGUAUUUAGGGGAGCAGGGAAGGGAGACUGGGGUGGAUUUGCUUUUGGAGGCAUCUUGGCUUGAAGAACUGGUCAACCUGGAGGCAGGGGUGGGGUGGGAAGGAGUGGGAACCACCUGUGGAGUCUUCAGUGCCCUCAGGCCGUUUCUGUACAUCACCCACUCUAGGCUCCCCGUUCUUAGACUCCCAGGAGCCUGUCCAGUGAGGAGCCCUGGGAUCUGGUUGCCUCAUUCACACCUCGAUGCUCCGUUAAUGACUCACCCUCUAAGGAGUAUCUGCAUUUUAAAAGUAGGCCUAGGGAGACAGCAGUACUUACAGCAAGAAAUGAGUUACCAGUAUUUGAACCUUUUUCCGGAGGUGUAGACAAGCCUCCCCUUGAGGCUGAGCCUGCAGAAAUGGUUGAUACUGAAAUGGCGUUUGGGCCACACAGAGAAGAUCGUCUCUAACGACUGGUCUCUGCGUGGACUUGCAUCUGGGGUAAAUCCCAUUGCUACCUGUGGCUACUGUAGACGUUUUAGAAAUGGAUCAGGUUAAUAGUAAUAUUACUUGGCUACCAUUUAUUGAGGGUUUACUAGGUGACCCAGCAGGCUAAGUACUUUGAAUAUAUGAUCUCAUUUAAUCCCCAUGACAAAGUGGUACAAUUAUUGUACCAUUGAGAAACUUGAGCUAAGAGAGUUUAGACACUUGUUUAAGGUCACACAGCUAGCAAAUGGUAGAGCUGGGCCUGGAACCCAGCAUGUCUAGCUCCAAAGUCAGACUUCUGACCAAUGUCAACUAUGUCAUUUCUAUGAGUUCAUGGACCCAAAACAGAAAGUCUCUAUGGCAUAGACAACUUUUAGUACUUUAAUACUAAAAUUGCCCUUUCAUUUUUCCUUUUUCUUCCUCUUUUCCCAGCCCAAAACAGAGUGGUGUGCUGGAGCUGGCUUGUAUAACACUUGUUAAAUUUUGUAAGAAAUUUUGCAAGCUGAUUGUUAAGCAUAGCCAUUAUUAAAAAUUAAAUUAUAUAAAUUUACAAUUAAAUAAGUUAUAUUUUAAAAAAGCAAUAAAUACUCAAAACUCACUACUUCCUAUUUUUCCCACUAGCACUUUUUUAUUUCUAUGCUCUUGAGGUUAUUUACCUCUAUCACAUCUAUAUGGUGGACGUACUAUGUAACAACGUGCUACAGUACAUCUCCCAGCUCCACUUUUAGUGACAUCAUGGUAACAGUUUGAAAUUGGCCAUGAUGGUGGUAUUUACACCCUGGAAAUUGGCAGGUGCUUUAAGGUAGAGAGCUUUCCCCCUCAGAGAGCUAGUUGUUAAACGAUUACCAGCACACCACUGCCUAGACAUCUCUGAUGCACACAGUAGGGUGGGGAGAGAGGACUUUGGAAGGAGAAAUGAGAUCCUGGUAGCCACCCUGACAGUGGCACAGAUGACAGCCAUGCCAGCCAAACAGCAAAUUAUCGGGAAAAAAUAAACUGUUCUGGAAUGGAGACUCUGAGACUUCUAAGCAGCCUAAGGGGUAUUCCCUGCCCUCCUCCAGACAUUUCUCUAUUGUUGUCAGUGUGAAAAGUUGUAUCUGAUGACUUUUGUGGAAAAAUCCUGACUCCACAAAACCAGCCUAUUGGCCAUCCCAAUCCAAGAAGUAAAACCAAGCGCUACAAAACUGGAAUUUCCUAUGACUUGUUCGUAUAAGUCAUCUUUCUUACCUCUACAUGUAGACCAAAAUUUAAUCUAAAGAAAUAUUUUACUUAGAGAGACUAAAAAUAUCCAAGAACUGAGAAGGGCACAGUGAGCCGUGGUUUCAAAUAUCACAGAAAUGUGUGACCUCGAAAGUGGAACCCUUACACAGCACAAAGCUGAGGGACAGGAGAGGGAAUGAGUCAAAGGAUGUCACAUGAAGAAUGGAGCCAAGAGCCUUUCUUUCCCACUCUGGCUGCUUCACUUCACUGCAAGCUGACAAGGACCGUGUUCGUAAUCUGUAGCCCACCCAGACCAAUACUCUUUCUAAAUUAAGGGCAUGGUUACCGCUAGAUAAAAGUCACAGGAGAUGCCAGGCUGAGUGCCUUGAAGCAGACAGAAUCUCCAAGGUCAACAGUGAAUCAGUUACUCUGAUCCCAGUGGUUUCAGUGUAAGGGUUGGAAGAAGAGAAGCUUGCUGAAGCUUCUACUUGCAUCCAAUUUCUGGUGGAAGGAGAAGGGAUCGUGGACUGGACAAUAAAGAAUUAUGCUUCGAUUAAAGUUCAAUUACAAAUAGCAUCAAUAGUAGAGUCUCCUAGUAGAUCGUUAGACCUCCAGACUGUUUGUUCCUAAGAUUUCCUUCAAGAAUUGGUGAGCUCUCUGUUGUGUUAACCUGGAGAACGGCAGCCAAGAAAAACUCCACUGAAAAGAGAUCUGUUGUAGAUAACAUUGAUUUUUCCCCAAAUCAGGUUAUCACAUGGGUUGCCUACAUGGGUUAGAGUUUGUCUUUUCCAAUAUUGUGUGAAAAUAUUUCAGCUUGAGUACUGUACUAUAAAUACACCCCUCCCUUUUGUAACAUUUUUUUAGGGUAUUGAGAUAAGAAAGAGAAGGGCAAUGGAGUCUUUUAUUUAACCUGAACUGAUGUAUAUAUAAGUUUCUAGGCUUUCUUAUGGUGUUAAAGGCAGUGGGAAGAAGCAGACUUAGAAUGCUACCUUGUCUCUACCCGGUCUCCCAUAAAAAAUGUCAUUAAAUUGCAUUUGAUAUUGUUUCCUUGAA